AUGGAUCUCCACCACCUCGCUGUCCUGUGCGCCGCCCUGCUGCUCCUCUGGGAAACCCCCGGGGUUCAGGCUCUGGCUAUUUUCCCUCCGAAGAGAGAAAGCAGCAAAGUGGCGAAGAUCUUUGAUGGACAGGAAGCUUCUAAAUACUUCAAGGACUUUUACGCGCCACCGUCCGAGGACAGAAACCACAGGGCGACGUCCAAAGAGUCGGUGGAGCCUCAUGACUACAUGCUGUCCAUCUACAAGACCUUCUCCACGGCUGAGAGACUGGGACUCAACGCCAGUUUCUUCCGCUCCUCUAAAGCUGCCAACACUAUCGCGAGUUUCGUGGACAGUGGACAAGAUGACCUCCCACUCUCCCCUCUGAGGAGGCAGCGGUAUCUGUUCGACGUCUCAACCCUUUCUGAAAAAGCGGAGGUGCUGGGAGCCGAGCUCAGGAUAUACACCAAAGUGUCUGGGAAUUUCAGGAUAUCUGAGACGGAGCCUGUCGACGUCCAGCUCCUCUCCUGCCACGACCAGCAGCUGCUCGACUCCAAGACGCUGGACCUGCAGGAUUCCCACCGGCCGAAGUGGGAGGUGCUGGACGUGUGGGAGAUCUUCAAAGAGCUGCAGCACCUGAGCCGGGGGAAGCCCUUCUGCCUGGAGCUCAGGGCCGUGCUGGACACCCCCGAGCGAGAGCUGGACCUGCAGCUGCUGGGGCUGCACCGACACGGCCGGCCGCAGCAGAAGAAAGCCAUCUUAGUGGUUUUCACCAGGUCCAAGAAGAGGCAGACGCUCUUCAGCGAGAGGAGGGAGGGGAGGGCGCUGCUGGGCCUAGAGAGGAAGGCCAGGGAGCGGGGGCCUGGCAUCAAAGCCAGCAGGAGGAGGAGGGGGGCGGCCGCAUCCAAAACCCGCCAUGGGAAGAGACACGGCAAGAAGUCCAAGUCCAGGUGCAGCAAGAAGCCGCUGCACGUCAACUUCAGAGACCUGGGGUGGGACGACUGGAUCAUCGCCCCCCUGGACUAUGAGGCGUACCACUGCGAGGGGGUGUGUGACUUCCCCCUGCGCUCCCACCUGGAGCCCACCAACCACGCCAUCAUCCAGACUCUGAUGAACUCAAUGAACCCCAGCAACAUGCCCCCCAGCUGCUGCGCCCCCUCCAAACUCAGCCCCAUCAGCAUCCUCUACAUCGACUCAGGGAACAACGUGGUGUACAAACAGUAUGAGGACAUGGUGGUGGAGUCCUGUGGCUGCAGGUAG